UUUGCAAAAGUACUUUGUGUUGCUGCCCUGCCAGAGCGGGAGUGACAGGUGAAGGGCAAAACAAGCUUGUUGAGUCUUUCUUUCUCGCAGGAAAAAAAAAAAACUUAAAGAAGAACUGUUUUCACCAAAGAACCAUCAGCUGUGACUUUCGAAAGAGGCCGGUGCGAGAACUUGGGAACACACAGACAGAAAGAAAUAUUCCUCUCUUCUUCACCACUUCUCCCUCAAUCGAGAUGGAUCGUCACAUCCUCCUCAAAUCACCCUGACUAAUCCAACACAAAGUUUCAGGAGCAGAUUUUUGUGGCACAGAGGAACUGUCCCUCCCCACCAGCACAUCGCAGCAGGGCUUUCCGUGCAGCGAUGGGUUAACAGCGGAUCAGCCAUGGUGGUGACCCAUCUGGCUCUGGAGCUGCGUUUCCAGGGGAAGAAGCUGAGGGGCUUCACGUGUAAACUGACCCGCUCAGCCCACGGCUUCCUGCCAGAGAGCUCGUGGGUCAUCGCAGCCCAGGUCCUGCUGCCGUACCUGGUGUCUGGCCUGGGCAUGGUGGCAGCUGGGAUACUCAUGGAUAUAGUGCAACACUGGGAGGUGUUCACUGAGAUCUCAGAGGUGUUUAUCUUGGUGCCAGCCCUGGUGGGGCUGAAGGGGAAUCUGGAGAUGACAUUGGCAUCCAGACUGUCAACAGCAGCCAACACAGGGCAGAUGGAUGAGGCUCAGCAACAGUGGAGGAUGGUGUUCUGUAAUCUGGCUCUCAUUCAGGUGCAGGCCACGGUUGUGGGCUUCCUGGCAGCGGUUGCAGCAGUGGUUCUCGGGGGUCUGACCAGGGGGAGAGUGGAUGUUAUCCAGGCUGCUAUCCUGUGUGCCAGCAGCGUCACCACUGCUUUCAUUGCUGCCCUGUCUCUAGGUCUGGUGAUGGUGGCAGUGAUCAUUGGCUCCAGGAAAGUGGGCAUCAACCCGGAUAACGUGGCUACACCCAUCGCUGCCAGCCUUGGAGAUCUCAUCACUCUGUCUUUGCUCGCUGGUGUCAGCAGCUUCUUCUUCUGUUACAGAGACAUGUGGUACCUGCCUCCCGUGGUGUGUGGCCUCUUGCUGCUCCUCAUCCCGGCGUGGGUCAUUAUUGCCUGUCGCUCUCCACCAGUCAGAGAGGUCCUCAGGUCAGGCUGGCAGCCGGUCAUUUUGGCCAUGUCCAUCAGCAGUAUUGGUGGUCUGAUUCUGGAUAAGACAGUGAGUAAUCCAGACUUUGAAGGUAUGGCAGUGCUCACCCCGGUCAUCAAUGGUGUAGGGGGAAACCUGGUGGCCAUCCAGGCCAGCAGGAUGUCCACCUACCUCCACUACUGGAGUGUCCCUGGAGCUCUUCCAUUUAAAAUGAGUGGGAACUGUCCUGGACCUUGUGCUACCUUCUGCUCCUCAGAUGUGAACUCCAAAUCUGCCAGAGUCCUGGUCAUCUUCGUGGUCCCAGGUCACCUCCUCUUCCUUUACACCAUCCACCUCCUGCAGGGAGGCCAUAUUGCCAUGACACCCACCUUCGUCAUCUGCUACCUGUCUGCAGCUCUGCUUCAGGUGGUGAUUUUGCUUUACGUGGCCAGGCUGGUGGUGUCCUGGUUGUGGCAAAGGGGACUGGAUCCAGACAAUUUCUCCAUCCCCUACCUCACAGCUCUGGGUGACCUGCUGGGGACUGGCUUUUUGGCUCUGAGCUUCAGACUGAUUCUGAUGUUCGGUUCAACUGGGACUGGAGUCUGACACAGACAAGUGUUCCUGUACAUCCUGAAUGUAAUGUUCCCUUAAAUGCAAGUGGCUGAAGCACACUGCAAAGCCCACUGGGCUUCCUUCAAGAGAGAAGGUGAGGAAAAAAGAAUAUAGGAGGCAAGUAUGGCAUCAAUACAGAUGCACUAUGGGACAUUUUGAGCACAGAAAAAUAUUUUUUGCAAGCACAUCAAUUCUACUUUGUAGACAAAUGAUCAUGCAGAGAAUGAUUUACUUUGAGCGAACAUAAAUCUAUUCUGUGCUCAAUAGAUGUAUUUGAAUGUUCAAUAGAAUUAUUUGCAUGUUCAGUUAUCCAAGUGAACAGUAAUAAACUCUGAAUUUACUAAUUUACUCUCUAAUUCCCCCCAAUUUGCACAUAUUAAGCCAGCACUUUAUGAAACUGCCUCAUAAUCGUACAGAGAUGAGAGGGAAAACAGGAGAGACUGAGUUUCACCCCGACAGACACAGUCUGCUGCUAUUCAGUUUACAGCUUACAUACAGAUGGCACAUUGGUUGGCACACCUUUACAAUCAUGCCACAAUUGUGGCCUGUCUAAAAACUGGAGUCAUUUUUGGUAAGGUGUUUUUUGUCUCCAGUGGUUAUUGAUUACAGCUAAUCUGAAAGAGGGGAGCAGGGAAGCACUGGGGAAAUGCUAAGUAGGGACACACAUACAUGAAAGUACUGAAUGUAUUUUUGGUUGCUUAUGAAAUUUUCUAAAAUUAUACAUGUCAUUUAGUCUCUACUAAGCUUUUUCGGUAUGGUAGGUGCUGUAGCUGACAUAUGGUUGCUAGGUGAGCAAUAGCUAACUAACCUAGCUGGCUAACUUGAUUAUUACCAUAAAUGUUUUAAUCCAGUAGCACAAUUAAGUGCUUGUAAAAAAUGCAAACAUGCAACCUUGACUUGAGUGUAAUAUUUAUAUUGCAAGCUAAUUUACAAAUUCCUAAUAGCAACCAGAUGAAUGCACUGAGAUGUAGCGAACUGUCCAACAAAAUUGUAUCUUAGAUUUAGAAUUUUUUGUAGUUUAAAGGCACAGUUUCAGUUUUUUUUAAAGGAACUACAUAAACUAGCUUAGUUAGAUGCUGUUUAUUUAGCAGAGCACAUAAUUACAGAGGCAGCUGAGUGAGUGGUUAAAGAUCUUUAUCUAAUAUAUUAUUUUGUUGCUACAUUUCAUUUUAAAAGAAUGCUAUUAGGUCAUUAGUAGUAGUUAGUUCACUAGCUACAUAAAUUUUACUGAGGUAAAUCAUUUAGCGGUACUUUUUUCAAAGGUACUGAGUAUUAUGCCUUGUCUGAGUAGUUGGCAAUAAUCAAGUUAGCCAGUUAGCUUAGUUAGCAACCGCUAAGUCAGCUACGGUCUACCAAGAUAGCUGGGUGGAGACUAACUUAAAAGUGGUUGAUAAAACUAGCUAUGUAACCAAGACUGUAUUCACUACUUUUGUGUGGGUGCGGUGACCUUAGUUUUUUUACUCCUUCCCUAGUAACUGAUAAUCCUACUAGCAAAUUGGAGAAACAGCCAAUCAGAAAUGACCUAUUCCAAUUGUUUUGAUUGCUUAAAUUGUGGCUGUAACACUGUGUUGGGUUGAGCAAGACAGAUAUGAGCAGAGAUGUUGAGAGAUCAAGAUAAACAUAGUUCCAGGGCACACAGAGCAGGGAAUUAGAGAGGAAAUGAACAAAACUGAGUGAGAGGUUAUUGUUGUGCACUUUAUCUAUAAUAACAAAUACAUUAGUUGAACAGAACAGAUUUUUGUUUGCACAAAUUAAAUGAAUCUUCCGUGGUAAUAGUUCACCCACAUAUAAAUUGUUUUCCGGGCUCAAAAUAUUCCUUCACCCUCGGGAUUGAGGCACAGAUAUGAGACCACUGAUAAUGAGCUGCAAAAAGAAAAAACAACCUGGCAUGACUAUAGAAAGAGAAGCUGAGGAUUGUGUGGACUUACUUUGCACUUUGCUCUCCAUAUUUGCCAGCUCACUUUGGUCAGCAGUUGUACAAUGUUCCCUGGAGUUUCACUGACCUCGAUAUCAACACCACCAAGCUUGGCUCUGUAGAAGCAUCUAAAAUGGAUAGUGGGAAUACUGUAGAACCACUGUAUUGUUAACUGUUGACACAUUCUGUACACCCAUUGUCAGCUAUUAAAUGUUAGAUGGCAUUUGAUUGUAUUAUGACGAUAAUAAUAUAUAACUGAGUGUAAAUGUAUAUUAACAUAAAUCAGAUGCUGCACUGUCUGGAGGAAUGUUAGGUUUUAUUGUGUUUAUUUUAGGUAGAUUUGUGCCUUUAAACCGUGAUAAGCCUUCAGUUCUCUGAUGAGUUUGGUGUUGCAAAAUUUCUACGGGAUAUUUUAUUUUUUGUGCAGCACAGUGCCACUGAAUAUACCCUGUACUAUUUAACUGUCCCUGCGUUACUAUGUUUUCCAGAUAUAGACAGUACAGAUAUUUCUUUGUGCUAUUUUUGUGUAAAAAUGAUUUAGUAAGCGUCUCUCUGUAUGGGGCCUUAUCAAUUGUUUGAUAUGCACUUUUAGAAAGAUGUUUGUCUUUAGUGAUCUGAAAAUAGCAUCUAAAGAUGGUAAUAAUCUUAUUUUCACAGUGACAGCGAGCUUGACUGGACUUUGUAGUGCCAUCACAUUUGUAAAAACCUCUAGAUGACAUCUCUGCAACCAUGAUUUGUCAUUUAAAUAAAAUACUUAUAUGUAAA